CCGUCCAGCGACCCUGCGCCCGGGAGCGCUGGCUCCGCUGGUCGAGAAAUGGACCGGUUUUGACAAGAUGUAGUGCUUCAGUGUGCCUGAUGGGAAUAUGUUCAGUCAUGGCAUCUGAACUGUGUAAGACGAUCUCUGUGGCAAGGCUGGAAAAGCACAAGAAUUUGUUCUUAAAUUAUAGGAAUCUGCAGCAUUUCCCAUUGGAGUUACUAAAAGAUGAGGGACUACAGUACUUGGAGAGACUCUACAUGAAAAGGAACUCCCUUACAACCUUGCCAGAAAACCUUGCUCAGAAGCUUCCAAACCUUGUGGAACUAUAUCUUCACUCAAAUAACAUAGUUGUGGUUCCGGAAGCCAUUGGGUCCCUUGUAAAACUACAGUGUUUGGAUCUUAGUGACAAUGCCUUAGAAAUUGUUUGCCCAGAAAUUGGUCGUCUGAGAGCUUUACGUCAUCUUCGAUUAGCUAAUAACCAACUGCAAUUCCUACCUCCAG